AUGGCGAAGAAGGAUAUGUUCCCUGAUGCCUAUUCUGGUGGGUUUCCCCCCAAUUAUGAAUCCGAAGGAUCUGGUUGCUCUGGACGUGAUGAUAUGGAUGCAUCUGGUUAUGAGGACUCGAUCAACCAUAGGAAAAAAUGGAUCAAGCUAAGCUCUGCAUUAUCCGAUGGUUUUGGUGUUCCUGUACAUGUUGUUCCUUUGUCAAAGCUCUCACCCAUAGAAAAAAAGAAAUUAUUACUCCAAUUGAAAUCUGAACUUGACAGACUUAGGACAUUUCAGAAGAGAGUGGAUGUUGAUAAGCCUCGUGUUGCCACAAUAUCAUCUUCUAAUGAUAUUCUUAGCUCAAACUUGAAGAAAUCAACUGGCUCUGGGAGAAAGAUCGACCAUAAUCAAAAGUCAAAGGCCCUUAAUCGAGGUCUUAUGGGAAGGUUUUCAUCCGUUAAUGACACAGGGACUUUUACUCCAUUACUGAAGAAACAAUGUGAGAACUUAUUGAAGAAGUUGAUGUCCCAUCAACAUGGUUGGGUGUUUAACAAACCUGUUGAUGUUGUUGCAUUGAAAAUACCAGAUUACUUCAAUGUCAUCAAGAAUCCCAUGGAUUUAGGGACAAUAAAAGAAAAACUUUCUUCAGGGAAAUACACAGGUCCACUUGAAUUUGUUGCUGAUAUCCGACUCACCUUUUCCAAUGCCAUGACAUACAACCCCCCUGGAAAUGAUGUCCAUGUCAUGGCAGAUGUUCUUCAUAAGUUUUUCCAGCUAAGAUGGAAGCCUAUCGAAAAGAAACUACCUCAAAAUUCUCAACAACAAUUUGAAGAGAUCGAUUUGGUUAAGCCAAUUCCUCCAUCAAAGAAAAGAAAGAUCACCUCAAUACAACAAGAACCGUUUCCAGAAGCUAAGUUGGUGAUGACAAGUGAAGAAAAGCUUAAUCUAAGCAGGGAGUUGGAAGCUCAUCUUGAAGGUUUACCAAAUAAUAUCAUUGACUUUUUAAAAGAACACAGCUCAAGUGGGAAUGAAGCAGGAGAAGAUGAAAUAGAAAUUGAUAUUGAUGAUCUUAAUAAUGAUAUAUUGUUCAAAUUACGCAAGAUGUUAGACAACCAUAUACAUGAGCAACAAAAUCAAGGAAAAGCAGAGCCUUGUGUCAUUGAGCUGCUACAUGAAUCAGGGAUUAGCAACUCAACUAUGCAACUAUAUAGAGGGAAUGAUCCUGUGGAAGAGGAUAUAGAUAUUGGUGGAAAUGAGCCACCUGUCUCAAGCUACACUCCAGAUGAAAAGGAAAAAGGAACAAACAAGAAAAGUGACAUAAGGACAACAUCAAGAACCUCAAGUGAUACUAGUGGAAAUGGGCAAAAUGACCUUAAAGCCACCAACCCAUUAGAGGUGUCUCAGAAAAAUCUUGCUGCAACAGAUUUAGAGGAAAAGGCAGGUACAAGUGACCUAAUUGAUAAUCAGUCAGUUAGUGGGUUGGACCAAGUUGAUCACAUGUCUCAACAAAAGCCAACCUCUGUUGAAUCAGAUAGCCAAAAAGAUGAUGGUGACAGUGCUCCAAAUUCAAGACAGGUGUCACCUGGGAAAUCAUACAGAGCUGCAGUAUUAAAAAACCGAUUUGCUGAUACAAUUUUCAAGGCGAGAGAAAAGACAUUGAUUCAGGUUGAAAAAGGGGACCCUGAGAAACUCAGAAGGGAGAAAGAAGAAUUAGAAAAUCAAAAAAGAAAAGAAAAAGCGCGAUUACAAGCCGCAGCAGAAGCAGCUGAAAAUGCUCGAAAGCGAGCUGAAGCUGAAGCUGCUUUGGAAGCAAAAAGGAAAAGGGAUCUUGAAAGAGAAGCAGCUCGACAGGCUUUAUUGAAGAUGGAGAAAACAGUUGAAAUUGAUGAAACAUCGCGAUUUAUUGAGGAUCUUGAAAUGCUAAGCACGGUGAAUCCUGAACUACCGAUGAUGUCAGCAGACGAGAUGAGUCCCGAUCACGGAUCCCUAGACGCAUUAGGCAGUUUCAAAUUUGGGGCAAGCAAUCCGUUAGAACAACUAGGGUUGUACAUGAAAAGAGAUGAACAAGAAGAGGAUGAUGCUGACCUGGACCUCCAGCCACCUGUCAUGCCAGGUGGGAUCAAUGCUGCUGCUGAUGUGGAGGAAGGCGAAAUCGAUUGAAGUUUUUAUUUUGUUAUGUUGGUGAUAGGAUGUUAGUGUGAUCCAUCGUUUAUUUUAUGAUGUGUAUAGACUGUGUUCCUCUCCUUCAAAAAAAACCCAAAAAGAAAAGAGUAUUCAAGUUAAAAAAAAAGUAAAAAAGAAUAGAGAAAAAAUUUAUAGAAUGGAUUAUGAACGUUCAUUUUCGGUUGUGGAUUGUGGCUUUGAGUUCUCUGCACGCAUUCUGGACUAUGUGAAUGAUCAUUUUUUAGUUGAUUGUAUUUUGUUUUGUGUUAUUUUUGUUGGAA